AUGUUCAACAGACCUCAUUAUAUUCCUAGAAAUAGAAGACAAAACUUAUCAAAGUAUAAAUAUUCUGGAGAAGAUCAUUCGAUCGUUUCAAAAUAUGUCUUAACACCAUAUUGGAAUCGAUUAGUGACUUAUUUCCCUAUGAACAUGGCACCUAAUCUGAUCACAUUAACAGGUUUAGGAUUCGUUUUAAUCAACUUUGGAAGUUUAUUAAUCUUUGAACCAAGUUUAGAAUGUUCCAUUAAACCAACUCAUGUUUCAAGAGGAUUAUGGAUUUAUCAAAGUUUAGAUGCAAUCGAUGGUAAACAAGCAAGGAGGACUGGUACAUCUGGUCCAUUAGGAGAAAUGUUCGAUCAUGGUUGCGAUGCAUUAAAUACCACUCUUGGUUGUAUCUUAGCCUCAGGAGCAUUGAACUUGGGGCAAUCAUGGUGGACAGUAUCCUCACAAGUAGCAUCACUUGCCAACUUUUACCUAACAACAUGGGAAGAAUAUCAUACUGGAACACUUUAUCUUAGUAGUUUUAGUGGACCUGUGGAAGGUAUUCUUUUAGUGAUUGGUGUUUUCCUUAUUACUAGUGUUUUUGGUUGGUGUCCUGGGUUCUGGGAUCAAGGUAUUUUGACAGUAACGGGUUUGAACUCGAUUGGGUUUAUCAAAUCGCUUCAUUUAAAGGAUUUACCACUCAAUGAAUGUUCUUUACUCUUUGCUAUCAUCAGCUUAGGAUCGAAUACCGUGGGAAGUUAUUUCAACGUUGUUAAAGCUCGAAAAGGAAAAGGAGGAUCCAACCUAAGCACACUCUUAGGCUUAUUACCUUUUGUGAUUCAGACGGUAGUCAACUUGAUUUGGUUAAAAACAGCACCAAUGAUCUUAAAUCGACAUUUGAUUCUCUUCAUGAUUUAUUAUGGAAUCGGAUUUGCUUAUCUAGUUGGACUCUUAAUCGUUUCUCAUAUCACUCUUUCACCUGAAUUGUUUCCUUAUUGGAAUUUACUUUUGAUUUGGUCUUGUUUUGGAAUGAUGGAUUCGGUUUCGGGUAAUAUGUUGGGUUGGAAAACUUUGUUUCAUUCAGAUGAAUUGAGUUCGGUUAGGUUUCUUUGGUUUAGUAUUCUUGUUGAAACUUUGGUCUAUGGAUAUUUUGUAUUUGAUGUGAUUUUAGAUGUUUGUGAUUAUUUUCAAAUCAAUUGUUUGACUAUUAAACAUCAAGGUCAAAGAUUAGGUAAUACUAGAAAAGAACAAGAAAGUUUGGUUGACAAGAAAAAAUCGUCGAAACAAAAGUCAAAGUGA